AUGCCAGAAACAAUUACUCUUGGAAGCACCACUGCCGCCAGACAGGUAGUGGGAUUCAACCUUAGUUUGUUGAAAGGAGGCACCAUCACACAAACCAUUGUUGGUGGUAUUAUCACUUCUCUUGUGAUUGCCUCUACCGUAGCCACCAUUAUUUUGGUUUCUGUUGGUGUUGGUUAUUCACCACCAGAGCCAAAGAAUGAUAUGGCCACCACUUUCAAACGUGUUCCUGUAACCUUAGAUGUCUUGUUGAAUGAUGUUGAUCCUCGUGGUGGUAAUUUAACAUUGACCAAUAUUGUUGUGAAUCCUCGUUAUGGUGUUGCCAAGAUUAUUUCCAAAUCCAAGAUUAUGUAUCAGUCGAUUGGAGCUUUCACUGGAAAUGAUUCCUUCUCUUAUGAAGUCUCCAACUCGUUCAUGACUGCCAAUGCCACUGUUACUAUUCAAGUAUUGAAUCGUCCUCCUGAAGCCAUUCCAAUUGUGAAGACUGUUCCAAAGAAUGCCAACCGUUACCUCAUUGACAUCUUCUCAUACAUUGGAGACAAUGGAGAGCAUAUUUCUGAUGUCGACAAAGAUGCCAUCUAUGUGGAAAGCUUUAACGGUAAUCACAUUGUUGGUGGUAAUGACACUAACUUGGGUGUGGUAGAGAAAGAAACUUGGACUGGUUUUUAUUACACACCAAAGAAGGAUUUCAAUGGUGUUGAACAAUUCUACUAUGUUAUUUCAGAUGGUAAUGAUACUGCUACAAGUACAAUUACCAUUUCCAUUCAAAACAAUGCUCCAACUUGUGCAGACGAUACCUUCCAAGUUCCAAAGUAUCGUGGUGCUGUCUUGGACGUUUUGAAGAAUGAUAGAGAUAUCAAUGGUGAUGAGAUCUUUAUCAGUAGAGCUCUUGGUACUGGAUAUGGAUCUGUUAGUUUGAGAAAUAACAGCAAACUUGUGUAUUACUAUACCAGUGGUGAACUCACAACCAAGUAUGGUGAUUCUUUCGAGUACAGUAUUAGUGACUCAAUGUUAGAAAGCUCUUGUGUGGUCUUUAUUCAAGUGUACAACAGUCCUCCAGAUGUUUUCACAAGAACUGUUACUGUUGGUAAAUCCACUACUGACAAUUUGAUUCCAAUUCAAUACUUCGAUCCUGACAGAAAGGAUUUGAUUACUUUGAAGAAGAUUGCUCCUUCUCUCAAUACAUUGAGCCCAGCUGCUUCUGUCCAAUUGGCCAAGUCUCACGAAACUUUGUACUUUGAAUGUUGUGAUUUCAUCGAUGUUGAGAUCAAUAACUAUACCAUUGUUUUCACACCUACUCCUAAUACUGUUUACACAACCACUUUGGAUAUUACCAUGACUGAUGGUGAAGCAGAAGGAACUGGUAAGCUCACAAUCAAUGUUGUGAACAAUCCUCCAACUCCUGUGGAUGAUAUUGCCUCCUGUGGAAAGAAUCUUGAAACUUUGAUCAACGUCAUUGAGAAUGAUUUCGAUGUUGAUAAGGGUGACACUGCUCUUCUCAAGUUAACAAACAAUGGAUGGAUUGCAGCAACUGAAAAGGGAGGUUCUAUUUCCAUCUUCAAUAACACUCACGUCCAAUAUGUUGCUCCAAAAGAUUUGGUUGGUACUACUGAUGUUGCCUAUUAUCGUGUCACUGAUCAAAGUUUGGAUGGAACUGGUAAACCAGAUCCAACUGGUUUUGCUACUGGUAAGAUUACCAUUUCUCUCAUCAACAAUCCUCCAACUCCAAUGGAUGAUGUGAUUACUAUUCCAAAGGGUAUUGUCUCUGUUUUGAAUGUUUUGGCCAAUGAUGUCGAUCCAAACGAUGGCCCAAGCUCUGUGAAGAAGAUCAAGUCUGUCAGUUCUUCUGAGCAAAAGAACAUUUCUUCAACUAUUAUGGUGAACUAUUUCAAUAGUGAUACUGAUGGUGUUUCCUAUACUGCUGUCAAUGAAGAAUACACUGAUAGCUUCUUGUAUGAUGUGACUGAUAAGGAUGGAAUGGACUCUACCUAUAAGGCCAAGGUCACUUUGAAUGUUGUCAAUACUGCUCCAGUUGCUAAUAACGACAACUUUAGCACCAAGUGGAAUCGAUCUGUGGAUUGCGAUGUUAAGGCCAACGAUUACGAUCAAAACGGAGAUUUACCAAGAGCUACUGUGAGUAUUGUUUCUCAACCUACUCAUGGUUCUGCUGUUGUUAUGGGUUAUAAAGUCCGAUACACUCCAACCAAUGGAUAUGUUGGUCCUGAUUCAUUCACUUACAGGUUGAACGAUUUGAGCUCUCUCAAUGCUGAAUCCAAUGUUGCCACUGUCACUGUUCAAGUCACCAAUACUGCUCCAGUGACUCAACCAGAUACUGUUUCUACUCACUGGAGAAAUCCUAUUGGUGUUUUGGUUUCACCAUUGACGAAUGACAAUGAUCCAGAAGGAGAUGCCAUGGUUGUCUCUGGUGUGACUGUUUCUGCUAGUGUCGGUACUGCUACUCUCGUUGACUCACAAACUGUCAAAUUCGUUCCAAGCACUGCUGCUCCAAUUACUCUCAGCGCCAAGCAAUUCACUUACACCGCCAGUGAUUACAAUUUACAAAGUUCUGGCACUGUUAACGUAGAGUUCACAAACACCAAACCAGUUGGUCAAGAUGACACUUAUUCCAUGCACUGGGCUGCAGGUGCUACCGCAUUGACAGUCUUGAAGAAUGACAUGGAUGCAGAUGGUGAUUCACUUUCUAUUGGAUCUGUUGACACCACUACUUAUGUCACAAAGGGUACUGUUGCAAACUCUGGUUCAUCUAUUCUUUACACACCAAUCAAGAAUGGUGUCACUGAUAAGUUUGCUUACUAUCCAAAUGAUGGAGCUGAAAAUUCUGUCACUCCUGCUGUUGUAACUAUCACUUUCACUAACAAUGAAAAACCAACUGCUGACGAUGCUUCUCUCACGAUUCAUUGGAGAAGUUUGGCCAAUCAAGGAGGUAAACAAUUAUUUGAUGUUCUCACCAAGACUGUUGAUGCAGAUGGAGAUGCCUUUUCAUUGUCUGUCACAACCUCUUCAUCAUGUGCUAAGGUCAAUAAUGCUGGAAAGGAUAAUGUUCAAGUGUCUGUCGCUACUGGAUCCAUUGGUAAAACCAGUUGUUCUUAUACAGUGAGUGACGGCUUGGAUCAAUCAACUGCCACUGUGUCAGUCACCACCACUAACAAUGCUCCAACUUGUUCUGACAUUAUCACUUCAUUCAAUCCAGCUAACUUUGACAUUGGUCAACAAUACAGCAUUGCCAGCUAUGUCUCUGAUGCGGAUGCUAACGAUGUUGCAUUCCUUGCUCCAACUGGUCUUUCUGGAGCCACUGGUGGUGAUCAAUUCUAUGUUGAUAGUGUCUCUAAGAAUAUUGUUUUCAAGCCAGCAAAGACUGUUGGUGUGAGAACACUCAGUUAUCAGGUCACUGAUGGUGUUGGUACUUCUGCAUCAUGCAUGUUUAAGGUUUCUGUGAACUCAAUUUCACCAUCUGACUACACCAAGAGAUAUGAUAUUCACUGGAAUGCAACUAAUGCUGUUCUCAACAUUUUGGAUACUUUCCCAUCAUCAAACAUUGUUUCGAUCAAUCCUGGAACCAUGACUGGAACUGCUUCCAUUUCUGGAAGAACUAUCUUGUACACUCCAAAGAGAGCUGUUGGAUUUGACACGUUCACUGUUUCUAUUUCGGAUGGUGUCUCCACUUAUCAAGUCACUGUUGAGGUCACUGUUUUCAACAAUGCUCCUUCAGCAACUGUUCCACAAGCAACCACAACAUGGAGCUCCACCAUUGGAGUCACCAUUGACUUGUUAGCAAACUAUGUUGAUCCUGAUUACACUGCCUCUAGAGAAUCAUUGGGUACUGUCACAUCACUUAUCACCACUGGUACUUCGGGAAGUGUCACGUUACAAAGUUCUAGAUAUGCUAAAUACCUUCCACAAGGUACAUUCACUGGCUAUGAUCAAUUCAAGGCAGUUAUUACUGAUGGUCUUGCAUCUGUCACCGUUAUUGCAACUGUUUUGGUCACCAAUACACCACCAACCACUGUUCCAAAGUCUGUCACCAUCAAAUGGUCUCAACAUAAGGCCGGUUAUGCAAUCAACGUUUUGAACGUGAAUGGAGCCACUGAUAGUGAUGCUGAAAACAAUCCAUUAACUGCCACUGUAACUGGAGGAGUUUCUCCAUCAAGUGCUGGUACUGUUCAACUCACUACCUCUCCAACUGCAACAGUUAAAGCUGGUGCUAGUGUCUAUUUAGGAACUUUCUCCUUCUCUUACUCUGCAUCUGAUAGCAUUGCUUCAACUCCAGGAAGUGUUUCUGUCACUGUGACCAAUACUUUGCCAUCACCAACUCCAUAUAGUAUUGACUUGCAUUGGAGAUCCAAUAAUGUUGCUCUUGAUCCUGUCAUUAGUUAUGCUCCAACUCGUCAAGAUGUGGAUGGUGAUAGUUUAACCAUUACAGCUGCUUCUGCACAAAAGGGUACUGCCUCUGCAAAUACCAACACAAUUACUUAUAGUGCUCCAGCUUCUCUUGGAUUGGAUGUUGUCUCUUACACACUCAGCGAUGGAGCUCAAACUGUAUCCAACGCUCAAACUGUUGUCAAUGUCAAUGUUGUGAAUACGAAUCCAAAUGCUGCUUCUUUGACAACUUCUGGUAAAUGGUCUGCACCAAUCACCAAAGAUGUCACUGGUGCUUGUACUGACAAUGAUUCCUUGGAUAGUAGCUUUGUUACAUUCAAUGGUGUUGUUUCAAAUGCAGUCGGAGGAACUACUUCUGUUGCAGGUAAUGUUGUGUCAUUCACAUCAAAUCUUGCUGCUUCUUCCUAUUCAUUGUCUGGAAAUGUUUACUCUGCAACUGGUAGCUACAAGUAUACUUGUACUGAUGGUUUGGGUACUUCACAAGGAACUGUGACUGUGACUGUCACCAACAAUGUUCCAACUGGUACUGGUGCUUCUGUUACUGUUGCAAGAAAUUAUCAAACCACCACUUAUGAUUUCACAUGGGCUCAAAUGGGUACUUUCUCUGAUGCUGAUGGUGAUACCAUUUCAGUGAUUAAGGUUGCCACUACCUCUGAUGUCACAGUUACCACAACUGCAACUGGUAUUCGUUUGACUACUUCUCCAACUGUUUUGGGAGCUAAGGUUAUUACCUUCAAAUUAUUCGAUGGUCUCCACGAAAGUGUCAACACAUUGACAUUUACUGUCACUUUCACCAAUGCUGCCCCAACUUGCUCUGCUGCUACCUUUAAUGUCAACAAGGGAACUUCCACAGAUGUAUUACCAACUUUGAGAACUCUCAUUGCUGAUGCCAACAACGAUGCCCUCAGUGUUUCUUUGACUGGAACAUUCCCAUCUUCAUUGGGUUUAUUCAGUGGUACUGUUUUCACAAGCUCCAAGUCUAACAGUGGUUCUUCAUCUGCUGUGAGCUAUAGUGUCUCAGAUACACAAAGUACUACCACCUGUGGAAUGACCAUUACUGUAUCUAAUAGAGCACCUACCGCUCAAGACACUAGCUUCUCCUUCACCUCCGUCAGCAACAAUUAUGUUCAUACUGCCACCUACAAUUUGGCUUCCGAUCCAGAUGGAGAUUCCUUGUCUUAUUCGAUGGGCUCGAAUAAUUGUGGAUCUGUUGCUACAUCAGUGACUGUUUCUUCUGCUGGACUUAUUACUUUCACAAGAAAGAGUUCAGUCAUUGUUGGUUCUUGCAAUCUUGUCAUUAGAGCAACUGAUAACGAUGCAUCAAGCCCACUCUCUGCCACUGCCAAUGUUCAAAUUGUAUUGCAAGCUACUCCUCCAGCAGCCAAGGACGAUAGAUUCUCCAUCAAUCAAGGCCAAACUAUUAGAAUCUUUGUUUCUCAAAUGUUUGCCAACGACAAUGACGAAUUUGGACAAACGAGCGGUCUCUCCUUUGUGAGUACAUCUUGUCCAGACGCUUCUUACUGUCACAAGACUCCUCGAGUUGUUAAUGUUAAUGGACAAGUUGCCAUUGAACUCGACAGUGAUCCAAACACAUGCCAAGCUGACAAAUUCAGAUACACUGCUGUCACAUCAUUCGGAACUCAAAUGUCUGCCAACGUUUUUGUUGAAUUUAAGAAUUGUUACUGUCAAGCCAAAAUUGAUUUCGUCUUCUUGUUGGACUCUUCUGGCUCGAUUGGUCCUACCAACUUUGAGUCAAUGAGAGAUUUCAGUAAGAGAAUCACUGGUAGAUUUAAGCUUGGAGCAAAUGCCGUGCAAGUUGGUAUUGCAAGAUUCCACAGUGAUGGAGUUUGGACUUUGGGUCUCUCUACAGAUGGUACUUUGAUUAAUAAUACUUUGACAACUAUGACUUAUGACGCUGGUGCUACUGCAACCAUUCCUGGUUUGAGAGUUGCCCUCAAUAUUGCAGCUGCUGGUCGUCCUGAUGCAGAUAAGGUUAUUUAUAUUUUGACAGACGGUAUGGCAAAUGUACCUUGCAGCUGUAGUGAAUGCAUGAGCGAAUGGAAAACAAAACCAAGCGUUUACAAGUACAGCGUUCAGCAACAAAUUAUCGACAAUCCAGCUCUCACUACCUCCCAAAAACAAGAAGCUUAUCAAAACAUGUGCAAGUAUCAAUAUUCAGACAGCAGUUAUUUUUUCUCUGGUAAGACAUGCUCAUUCUGUGAUUGGACAUACUUUUCCUAUUGCUUGCCAUGUGCUGACGCAGUUCCAAUUGCUCAAAAGAUUAAUUCUUGGAAGCGUAAUGCUCAAGGAGUUGUUCCUAAUGAUCCAGAUAACCCAUUCAAUGGAAAUAAUAGAGUUUCUUGGAAGGUUGUUGCGAUGGCUGUUGGUAAUGCCAUGUCUAACUAUAUUGGUGCUAGACAAAUUCAAGGAAUGAACUAUGAUCCAUCUCGUGCCAUGACUGUCUCUUGGAAUGAUUUGCAAUCAGUCAUGUCUGAAAUUGUCGAUCAGUCAUGCAACACCAAUGAUGUCCAAAUCGCUCAAUAA